UUAAGAUGGGUGUGGCUAAUUGUAAAUUAGCCCCACCCGUUCAAUAUGGCGGAUAGUAAGGCUGAAGCUUCAAGUGAUGUUGGUUUUAAGAUAAUACUGAGAGACUAUCAGCGGAGAAUGGUCCAAGCUUGGAGGGACAGCAAGUUUGGAACUGAAGAGAAAUACAAAAACCUCAUUGAGAUUAGUGAAGGGGAUAUCUUUGAAGGAGCUCCAUCAGUUGACGCCAUAGUUUCUCCUGCUAAUAGUUUUGGUUUCAUGGACGGUGGUAUUGACAUGGUCUAUACAGUGUUCUUUGGAUGGCAAAUGAGUGAGAGAUUGAAGGAAGUUAUUAAGUCGGAGCACAACGGAGAACUGCUAGUGGGAAAUGCUAUUAUCAUUCCAGCCUAUUCUCCAGACACUGAUCUUGAGUCUCUUAAAAUUGAUUCCAGUAUUUGUGAAGGGAAGCCUAUCCACUACCUGAUCUCAGCCCCCACCAUGAGGGUACCCACUGAUGUGUCUGACACUAUGAACUCUUACCUGGCAUUCAGGGCAGUCCUAUUGGCAGUUAUGUCUCAUAAUAAAAGCUGUUCACAGAAAGGGGCGGAGCCAAUACGGUCUGUAAUGUGCCCAGGACUGGGUACAGCAGUAGGGAGAAUGCCUUUUGUGAGGUGUGCUGAACAAAUGGUAGCUGCAUAUGAGACUGUUGUGAGUCAGUCAUUAGUUGAAUUCAUUAGUCCUCAGUCACUAAUGGAGCCAGUUAUUAGACACAGACACUUGAUAACUGUUGGGAAGGAUAAAGCUUUGGGCAGUAAACCUUCUCCAGGGGAAAUGUUUGUACCUAAGAAUAACCGGACUGAAGACUCUGAAUCUGAUUGAACCACUUAUUAUUAUUAUUAUUGUUGUUGUAUUUUUAACAAUUUUUCUGACCUUGAGUGAUUUUAUUUGACAAAAUAUAAUAUUAUUUUAACAAUU